AUCGAGCCAAUACGACUAAAUUUGGUAUCCACGGGGAAAAUACUAAGUGAUGCAAGCCGUGAACGUGAUACACCGUCUGUACUGGGCGCCCCAAAUGCGGAUUGUCCGCCUCCACCAGCUCCUCUACACUGUGAAGGUUCAAUACGCCGACUGCAGCAUGCGUUUCAAUCGUCAGCAAGUAGCAGUGGCGGAUCGUCCUCCAGCCUUGAGCAGUUGCCAUUUGCCAAUGAAAAUUGUGGAACAAUCAAAUCGAAAAGCAAUACUGCACGAAUGACACCGGCAAGUAUGUCACAGCCGCAAACGCCACGAAAAACAUUGCCUAUGACGAUAUCGGAUUGCUCAACGUCCAACUGUGAAAAACCUGUCCAUGCAGUGGGCCCAAAUGGUAACGUAUUGUCGGACAUUGGCUAUAUGCUACAGAAUCUGACAGAUGAAUUGGAUGCGAUAGGGGCGCCUUUCUUGAAACGAUGUCGCUUUGAAUCAGCGGAGUGCAACGACCCAUAUUAUAGAACUGAUUACAGAUGUCUCAGAGCAGAACGAUUUGAAUUGUCACCCAAAAAAGUGGCUCGAAUUACACCCUUCGCUGCGAAGCGAAUUGAGAAAAUACCUUGA